GCAAGAGAUACAACCUGAUGAAAGUAAAGUGGAAAAAGCUAUUCGUAAUAAUAACGGACCACUCGGCAAUAAAGUGCAUAGGUUGGGAAGUACACAUUGGAAUGUAGAUGUAUUGUCCCGAGUAAAUGGAACAGAAGAUGAAAUUGCGGAAGUAUAUAUGGUUGUAGGAGAGA